CAAUUCACUCCGCCACGCCUGUCCUCUGCACUUGGCAUUCUUGUCGCUGUUACCCUUUUAAAGCGAAACUCAAGGACAGGAGACGUUGUCAUGGAUGGAUUCUACAACAACAAUGAGAGAGAUGACGUUUGAGGAUCUGCUGAUCUGUAGUGCAUCGUUACCAACUGACUUGUGUUCCGUAGGAUACCAUGUAGGCAGACCUGCUGUUUGGGAUCAGCAUUUUCACUACUGAAGAGUAACUCACAGAUGCACCUUUGCCAAACUUAAUGUACGACAAUGGAUCACAAAGAGGUGUGGACGGAGUUGGACCAGAUUUCCAUGCGGCUUCAGGAGGAUGGUUUGCCUCCAGGGGCCAGCGCGGAGGAGAGGCAGCGCCACCUGUGGCAGCAGCUGCUCAACAGCGAAGGAAAGCUUCAGUCAGCCACCCAGGAGCUGCAGACCCUACGUUUGCAGCAGGCCAAUGAGAUGAAGGAAGUGGAGAGCUAUGUUGCACAUAUUCGUGGGCUGUUAGAAGAGCGUGAGUGUCUGACUGCAGACUAUGAACGAGACAAUGAACACUUGCGACAUGAGCUUCACCAGAUCAGACACCAACAAGAGAACCAGAGCAAGGAGCUAGCAGAGAUGUUGGCUCAGGAGGAUCUCGGGGAGAUGGGCCUGAGCAGCCCUAGUGAGCAGGUGGCAUACUUACUGGUGGAAAGGGCCACACUGCUGGAAAGGCUGGAAGCUGCUGAGAGGAGGCUGGAAAGUCAGAGUCUCAGUGGAAACUUCAAGGAGGUUCACCACCAGGAGCAUAUUCGUGACAUGAUGGGGCAGGACCUACGGCAGCAGAGGGAGGAUGUGCAGAAGACCAUAGAAAACAUGUCGAAGCAGUGUUCAUCCCAGAGUCCAUGGAAGAAGCUGUUUGGCCUGCGCAGGUCUGGUCAGAGCAAACACAAUAUCACCCCUGCCCACAGUGAGGAGAUCUCCCAAGAGCGAAAUGAGCGCCAGCGGCUGGAACGGGACCUGGAAGAGGCGUCUCGGAGGCUGGCGAUGGCUCAUCAGGAUAUCCGCAGACUCACCAAUGAGCUGGAUGCUGCCAAAAACAACAACAUUGACCCAAGUGAUAUGCUUAUAAUCUCAGGAUCUGAGCUUCAGGGAACUGUCCAAGAAGUAGAGAACCUGAGGAAGGAAGUGGACAAACUGAAACACUGUGAUAUGAUGAAGUUGCAGCGAGCCAAAGAGCAAAACGACAAACUAGACGCUGAGAACAGAGCUCUGAGGGAGAGAGUGCGCAUUAUAGAGUCUGAGAAGAAAAAUCUCAGAGACCAGCUGACAGUAAAUGAUGCGGCCAGAGAGAAUCAAAAGGACAUUAGCGUCGAACCACAAAGCAAUCUGUCUGCCUUGUCAACUCAAGAAAAGGAUCACAUUCACAAACGGUGUCAGGAGGCGGUGGAAGAUGGGCUUGUGCAGGUGCGGGACCUGCAACGGCAACUCCAAAGGCUCCGAAAAGGACAGGAAGAGCUGGAGGAGAGGAACGAGGAGCUGGAGGCCCUGCUGGGGGAGGCCCAGAACGCCAGCAAGGAGGAGAGGCAUCGCCAUGAGGGAGAACUGGAAGGACUGCACAGGAGGAUCAAAAGCCUGGAGGCAGAGCUAAAGAAACAGGAUGCCCAAGAAAAAAUGUUGAAGAAUGGGGAAGAGGUCAAAGCCACCGAGUCUUAUCUACAGUUGCACCUAAGGGAUAGCAGCCAGGAGAGACUGGCUCUGCUCGAGGCUCGUCUGACUGAAGAAAAGGACUGGAGGAAACAGCUGGAGUUGGACCUCAGCGCUGCUCAGGCUGCCCUCAAAAAAGAUAAGGAGGCUUUGCAGAUAGGUGAGAAAGAGCUAAAGAAGCUGAGACUUGAGGUCAACAGCCUUCAGACAGAAUGCCAACAGGGGAAAACACUUAUCAAGAGCCUCACCCAGGUUAAAGGGGAAAAAGCAGUUCUGGAGGAAAAGGUGGCCCAGAUGGAGCGUGCCCACAGCAGACUCCAGAAUGAGCUGGAACGCCACAAGGACAGUAACCAAACCCAGGAGGACCUGAGGGAAAACAGGCUUCAGGUCGACCAGCUGCAGGAACAGGUUGACCGGCUGACAGCUGAACUCGGCAGCCUCGAGACGGCACACAAAACGCUGAGGGAUGACAUGGCUUCAGAGCGGCUGCAGACUGCUGACCUCCAGGCCGAGCUAAGCGCCAGUGUACAGAAGAAGCUGGCGGCUGAGGGAGAAAGAGAGCGACUGGAGCUUGAGAUAGAGCGCCUCAAAAAGCAGCUCCAGUGGCAUCAAGAGCAGCUAUGCUCCACGAAGGAAGCACUUAGUAGCAGCCACAAGCCUGAACUACACACAGCUCAUGUAGAAUCUAGACUUAGUCCAGUGGAGAAGACCAAGGAUGAGUGCUUCAGUCAGCUUUCGUGUUUGAAGGAGGAGCUGAAUCAUCUGCAGAGGAAGCUUGGGGACGAGCGGCAGCUGGCCUCUCAGCACCAAAUGGCCCUUCAGGCUCAAGUCAAUGAAGCCCAGGCACGCGUCAAGUCCCAAGACUCAGUGCUCAGCCAGAAGGCAGAGGAAGCUAAACAGAUGAAGCAAGACCUGCAGAGGGCCCAGAGCCUGUUUACCUCAGCAGAGAGAGAGCUGCGCUAUGAGAAGGAGAAGAGCAUGGACCUGAAGCGACACAACACUCUGCUGGACCAGGAAAAACUUAAGCUUUGUGCAGAACUGAAGCAGGUCCAGAACAAGCAGGUCCAGUUGGAGCAGAAAGUUCACACUCAGGUGGCUGAGUGUGAACGUCAGCAGCAGAAAAUCAGGGAAUUGGAGCUGGAGCUGGCACGCAGCUGCACAAACCGCAGCGCCACCACUAGUCUGCAGGAGGACCUGCAGGCCGAGAGGGCACGGCUCAUUGCUGCUGACAAGAAGGUGUUGGAGCUGCAGCAACAGCUGAAGAGUGCACAGCACCAGCUGCGUGUGGAGGAAGCUCGGGCCGGCGAGAGCAGCCGCCUGGAGAGGGACAGCAGGGAUCUGUCUGACACCUUGUCAGCCCUGAGAGCCCAGCAGCAGGAGGAGCACAUCACCAGGAAGCUGUUGGAGCAGCGCGAGGAGGAGCUGCAGCAGCAGGUGCGCUCCCUGAGGCUGAAGGAGGCGUCGCUGACCAGGACAAACACAGAGCUCAGCCACCGUGUCCAGCAGCUGGAAACCCGUCUGUCCAUCCUGGAAACUGAGCUUAGCAAGGCUCGAGAAGAGGCAAAAGACAGCCAGAAGUCAAGCCACAGAUUGCAGGAGGGGCUGGUGGCCUGUCAGCAGGAGUGUGAAAGACUGCAGGGGGAGCUGCAACAGGUCCUCCUCCAAUGUGAUGCACAUGUCAGGAAGUACAACGAGAAGCAGAGCCAGCACAAGACCAAGCUGCGUCAGGCCAAGCAGCUGUUUCUUAAGGCGACAGCUCAGAGGGACUGCACCAUCCAGAAGCUGGAGAACGACCUGGUGCUGGCCUCCAGCCUUUCACACAAGGAGAAGGAAAGGAUCCAGACAGUGAUGGAAGAAAAUGAGAAGCUUUUGGAAGAGAAGAGGGAACUGUUGCGUAAGAUAAGCGAGGCAGAGGAAAUGGGCAGCAAAGGCAUGAGGACCGCCUCAACAGUCCAACACAGGGUCAACGUGUUAGAAGUGGAAAACAGACAACUACAGGACCGAACCCUGAAGCUCUCCAACCAAGUCAGUUCCUUAGAGCGCGCCUUGAGGAACGUCCAGUCGUUCUACAGCCUGGAGAAUGUCAAAAAAGUGCUGCCUUCUGAUGGCGUCCUACAUUCAUCUGCACUAAGUCUGACGGCAGGUUCAUGUGACCCGCUGGACAUCCUGGACGCAAUCUGUCGCGCCAAGAGCGAUCGCGUGGUGGUGGAUGGCACCCGGGCGCCUUUCUCCACACACCAGCCAUCUGAGCAGGGAUACCUGAAUCUCACGUCCCCAUUGCUCCCUCCAGCCUCCACCAAAUGCACAGAGGAGAGCUCUAAUAACAGUGAGCAGGUAUGAGAGGAGGCGCGGUUCGGUGCGGUUGUUUGCAGCAGCGAGCUACCAGAGACAAUAAAUGCUGCAAGUCAGAGUAUUAGGUAGCCUGCCAUUUACACUACGGACACAAAUCCGAAUAAAAUAAUGAAAGAAUAUGUAGAAUGCAAAUAAUCUUUGUUAAAUAAAAACAGUAAUAAUGUAAGGGAGCUUCCACUGCAGUUCUGCUCAGGGUGACAUUCUGCAGAUUUGACUUGCAAGCACAGUGUUGUGAUCCAAGUCCAAACUGAGAGUGAAAAUUUGUGUAUUUGUAAAAAAAAAAAAAGGCCUGUGCAAGUGUCAAUCAUUCUUUAUUACAUCAUUUAUAUAACACAAGACGCAAUAGGAGAUUUGACUUGGACGCCAAAAAUGUGGCACAGUCUUGUUUGUACCUGCUGAGGGACUCGGUCAGUUGUUUGCGUCGGCACACCGAAGCAGAUCAGAACGAUUGAAAGCCUCUUAUUGGCUCAUGGGAGCGGUUGUUACAGUGUUUGUUUUUUUUAAAUAUAAAGCUAAAGGAUGAGACGAUGCACUUCACACUAGUGCAGUGAAUGUCAAAAAUACAUUUUGUGAGAUUGAGACUCUUAUGAACUAAGCACUUUAUAAGUUUUACUUGUGUUUACAUUUGGAAAACUGUAGCAGUGGAAUGCAAUAUUGGGGUAUUAAUGGUAUGCAUUUUUUCCCUGUUAGAUUUAAUGUCGGCAGUGUUUUGAUGCCUAAAAAUGCCUCUGGUGGUGUAAAUGUAUGGUUUUACUGUGUCAAAAAGUCUUUCAACAUGUCAGCAUUUUUUACUAAUUUACAUAUUCAUACUGAUAUCAUGUAUAACGAUGAUAUUUUUGUGGAGACUGUGUGAUGAAUAUUGGGCUCCACUUUGAAAUCGGUCACUAUUAUAGCUUGAUAGGUGCAGCCACUCCAGUAUUUGCAAUGUGCAAUUUUAGUUUUAGU